AUGUCUGAUCCGGGGAGUUUCUCUAUUCCAUGCAAGUUGGGGAGUAUUGAGAUUGAUAGAGCGUUAUGCGAUCUCGGGGCUAGCGUAAGUUUUAUGCCAUUGUCCAUUUACAAGAAGUUGAACAUAGGCGACUUAAAACCCACGAGGAUUGCCUUUCAACUAGCAGACCGAUCUAUCAAGUAUCGAGCAGGGAUUCUAGAAGACGUGCCCCUCAAGAUUGGCAGAUUAUACGUACCAGUGGAUUUUGUGGUCUUAGAUAUGGAUGGUGAUUCCAAGGUCCUGAUCAUUUUGGGCCGACCAUUCUUGAGCACAGCGGAUGCCGUGGUUCAUGUCCAAGAUGGUAGAUUAACGAUGAAGAUCGGAGAUGAAAUAGUUGAAUUCACAUUUGAUUAG